UAGGAAAAGCGAAAUACAUCAUCAUGCGUGUACUGUUAUGCACGGCUGUAUGCCAUACACACUCCUACCGUAGCCGAGCAGCGGAAUUACACUGAUGGCCAAUUCCUUACAAUCUUAAGCAACCUUUUGACAUCCGUUUGAGAUUUAAGUCACUACCACAAGUGCGCAUCUCUUUGCAAUGGAGCCGGAGGAGAAAAAUCCAGAUUCCAAAUAUGGUGAGGCAAGGAAAUUCGACCCCACAUUUAAAGGCCCAAUUUAUAACAGGAGCUGCACAGACAUCCUUUGUUGUAUCCUGUUCAUCUUGGCCUUGCUGGGAUACUUUGCGGUCGGAAUUUUGGCUUGGUCUCAGGGUGACCCACGAAAAGUGAUAUACCCGACUGACAGUAGGGGUCAGUUUUGUGGACAGGCCGGCACGCCUCUUGAGAAGAAGCCCCUGUUGUUCUACUUCAACAUUAUGAAGUGUGCCAGUCCUCUGGUCCUGCUGGAGCUUCAGUGUCCUACUACACAGGUUUGCGUGGAGAGCUGUCCCACUAAAUUCAUGACUUUGGUGAAGACCUUAGGAAAAAAUAAUAAUGAAGAUAAAGAAUACUACAAAAAGUUCUGUAAGGAAGGAACAAACUUCACCAGCAUGACAGCUCCUCAAAUCCUGAAGGGAGGCUUGUGUCCUUCAAUAAUCACACCUAGCAAGGCUUUCACGCGAAGGUGUUUGCCUGCUCUCGAGACAUUGAAGGGUGGUGUGGUUGUGAUUGGCAAUAAAACCACAUUCGAUGAUGGUGAAGGACACGAUAGAAAUGUGACAGAUCUUCUCGAAGCCUCAAAGAAAUCCAAUGUAGUCGUGGAGGCGCGGGCGGUAGCCAUGAGAAUAUUUGAGGACUAUACUCAAUCCUGGCACUGGAUACUUCUUGGAUUGGUGAUCGCCAUGUUGGUCAGUCUGAUCUUUAUCUUCCUCUUGCGCUGUCUUGCUGGAGUCAUGGUGUGGGUUAUGAUCGUCCUGGUCAUUCUUGUGAUUGGAUACGGUAUUUUCCAUUGUUACAUGCAGUAUGCAAGUCUGAAAGGCCAGGCCGGUUCUGAUGUCACUAUCAAAGAUUUGGGUUUACAGACAGAUUUCUCCGUAUACCUGCAGAUUCAGCAGACCUGGCUUGCCUUUAUGAUCAUCCUGUGUAUCGUGGAAGUGGUGAUCAUACUGCUCCUCAUCUUCCUCAGAAAAAGACUUUUGAUCGCUAUCGCUCUCAUCAAAGAGGCCAGCAGAGCCAUUGGUCAUGUGAUGUCAUCACUGUUCUACCCUCUUCUGACGUUUGCCUUGUUGUCUCUGGUCAUCGCAUACUGGGCCAUCACGGCCGUAUUUUUGUCAACAUCCAAUGAACCGGUGUAUAAGGUUUUCAAUACUACAGCGUGUCCGUAUUUCAGAGAUACCUGCAACCCUGAGACUUUCAACACAUCGAACAUCACCGCUGAAUGUCCUGAUGCCGAGUGUAUGUUCGCUUUUUACGGAGGAGAGACACUAUAUCACAAGUACCUGAUUCUGUUCCAGUUCUACAAUUUAUUCCUCUUCUUCUGGUGUGUCAACUUCGUGACGGCGCUGGGUCAGGUCACCCUGGCCGGGGCGUUUGCCUCCUAUUACUGGGCCUUUAAAAAACCAGAUGAUAUGCCAGCAUUCCCUGUGUUCAGCUCUUUGGGAAGGGCCCUCAGGUACCAUACUGGUUCUCUGGCGUUCGGUUCGCUUAUUCUCGCAAUCGUUCAGAUCAUCAGGGUCAUUCUGGAGUAUCUGGAUCAGAAGCUGAAAGGUGCCCAAAAUAGGUUCGCCAAAUUCCUGCUUAGCUGUUUAAAGUGCUGUUUCUGGUGCCUGGAGAAGUUCAUCAAAUUCCUGAACAGAAAUGCCUAUAUCAUGGUGGCAAUAUACGGUAAAAAUUUCUGCACAUCUGCCAAAGAUGCAUUCUUCCUCUUGAUGAGAAAUAUUGUACGUGUGGCAGUUCUGGACAAGGUGACCGACUUCCUCUUAUUUUUGGGCAAACUUCUCAUUGUGGGAAUUGUGGGAAUUUGUUCAUUCUUCUUUUUUACGGGCAAGAUUAAGCUAGUGGAGGAAGCAGCUCCAUCUCUUAACUAUUACUGGGUGCCUAUAUUGACUGUGGUGUUUGGCUCCUAUCUCAUCGCACAUGGCUUCUUCAGCGUUUACGCCAUGUGUGUGGACACACUUUUCCUCUGUUUCUGCGAAGACCUGGAAAGAAAUGACGGUUCUUCCGACAAACCGUUUUUCAUGUCCCCCGAGCUGCAUAAGAUUUUAUCUCUCGAACCGAGCGCAGAUGAGGCGGACCACGCUGAGAUUCCCGUCGUACAUGUUCAAGCUGAAGAGGAAGUCCCGUUGCAGGAGAACGGAGAGGUUCAGCUCAAACAACAAGGCAUGCUUAAGCAAGAACAUGAAGAGGAGACCCCACUAAACCAGGAGACCCACGUUGAAGAACCUCCUCGGGACACGCAACCUGCACAGGUACCGGCAGCUGCAGAGGAGAAACCUGAAGAAGUUACUACCCAAGAGACCGAACCACCUCAAAUCACUGCGCACCAAAAUGGACCCCAAGAGGUGGACGCUGAUUACAAGGAGGAACCGAUGGAACCGGAACCCCCACAGCCGGAGAACCUACAAGAGCCGGAGGAACCGAAGCCUCAGGAAAACGGACCUCAGGAGAGUGAGACUCUGCUCACCCCUCAGGAAUAGAUGUUGUGAAGGAGCCUUGAUUUCAGUACUUAGGGAACUAGUGUACUCCGAUUUAAAAGUCGUAACGUUUACUCAAACAAUUGGUCUUGACUAUCAAUUAAUUAAAAAGUCAACACUCAUCUUAAAAAAUAAGCAGAAUUAUGUUCGAUUGUGAGAAAAUUGAUAACGUGGACCUUAUUAGAUAUGCCUACAUAGCACUUGUAGAACGUUACUGUAUUUGUGUUUUACGUAGAAAGUUUUAACGUAAGGACAUGUUAAAGUGUAGGUGCUCGACUCGUGCCUAAUUAUCGUUACUGAUCAAUGUCUUAAUCGUAUUGAAGAAUGCAAAAAGAUUUCGCAGUAUCGCUAUGUUUACAGCAACUACAAACGAGACGCCCUGUUUACAGUGAUACCAGCCAAGACCAAACAACGCUAUUUUGUAAGUGUAUUUGAAAAUUGUGAUAAUUGCCUAAUGUGAUCAUUUUAUUAUGGAGAUGAACAAAAAAUAAACAAACCAAGUGGCACCAAAACAGUACCGGCUUAAAAAAACAAUCAAAGAAAGAAAUGUAUUGCUGUUAUAUUUUGGUCUGCUGUGACUAUUUAUUGUAUUGAGAGUCGCAACAUUUUUAAUGCCUGAUAUUUGUCGCUAUGCCUCUCUGUUGCCUCUUUUCUACCUCUGUUCUUCACUUUUCCUGGUCUUUGCAUGUUGUUAAUGUGAUCUUAUACAGUGCUUUAAUAAAUUGAACUCUCUUCUUUAA